AUGAUGGCAACGUCUGAUAUUGAGCCUGGUGAAGUCAUUGUUUCCGUACCAAAACAGUUUCUUAUCUGCAAUGACACUUUGCAAAAAGUAUACGGACAACAUCCGUUAAGCAUGCAUCAACUGCUCGCGCUUCAUUUAUGCUUUCUCAAGCGUGACCCGAACUCUUGGUGGAAACCUUACGUCGAUUUGUUGCCCAGCCACUUUAAUACGAUGCCCGUCAAAUACCCCAAGAUAUUGGCGGAUCAUCUGCCUACCUCUUUGAAAGAUGAGGUUUCACAGCAGAUCAGAAAGUUGGAGUCAGACUAUGCGAGUGCAUUACGCUUUCUAAAGAUGCGAAACUUACAUGAAACUGUUAGCUAUGAGGAAUAUGAAUGGGCAUGGUUAUGUGUGAAUACCAGAUGUAUCCAUAUGUCAACCAUGGAUGCUACAGCCAAAGGAGGAAAUAUUGCUAUGGCCAUUUUGCUUGAUUUUUUGAAUCACUCCUGGGAAGCCAAGAUUGAAAGCGGAUUUAAUGUUCGCACUCAGUGUUUUGAGAUUCGUACGUUGACACCUUACAAAAAGGGCGAACAGGUAUUUAUCAACUACGGACCACACGACAAUAUGGCAAUAUUACGGGAAUAUGGCUUCGUUAUACCCGACAAUGUGUUCAACUAUGUCUCACUUGACCAAGAGGUCUGGUGUUUGUUUGACGAAAUGGAAACCGCACGCGGAUCACGGCUUAAAAAAGCGAUUUUGGAGAAAGAGGGGGAUUACUCUAUCAAACGACGCGAAAUAUCAUUCCGGUUGCUUAGUGCCCUACGACUGUUAGCAAUUGAUGGUUCCAACUCGCGCGUAGCAUUGGAUCAAAGAUAUCUCGAAUGGCAAGGCGCUGUUAUGGGCGAAACAGAAAUAAUAAGUCAAGACAAUGAACGGCGGGUACUGAUCAUGCUAAAGUCGAUAUGCGAUCGAGUCAUUCAAUCAGCGAGUGACGAACAAAAGACGCUGCUUGGCAUCAACUCGAACGAGCCGCAAAAAAAUGGCGUCCAUCCAUUCGCACUAAGGUUUUUGCAUCAAAUCUGGGAGGAAACCGAAGAUAUUGCAAGAUCGACUGUAUUGGACAUUGAAGAAAGAAUAGGACAGAUGAUAUGA